AUGGUUCAAUACGUCACUAAAGAAGAAGAAGAUCGACUUCGUCUCGCAGCUCCUUUUAAAGCUGAAAAUUGUCGGCGUAUCAUCAAAUUAUUAAAAGAUCGCGCCUCCGAAUUACUUUCUGAACUGGUACUAUCAAGUAGUGACAAGCUUGACGAGAUGGAAGAUUUGAUCGAACUACAAGCAAGUUGUUAUCAGGAAGAAAAGUACGGUUCUUUAGGACUGUUGGGAAAACUACUAAGUCAGGAAGAAAAGCCUGUUCGACUUCAAGUAGUUCAAUUGCUUGUCGAAAACGAUCAAGAUGCUAAGUUUGCUUUAACAAAAGAAGAUGAUCUACAGCGAACAUGUUUAUCUCUAUCACAGAACAAUCCAAAGUCGUCAGAAGAUGUAAAUAAUUAUAUACAGGAACAGAUGGAUGCCUUACUCAAUGAAAUUCUAGUUACGCAUCGUCUAAUUGAUGUCAAUGAGGCAGCUCAAUGGAUUCGUCGAGGAGCUAAUCCAGAAGCGACAGAUGAGCAUCAAAAUACUGUUCUUUCGAAGGCUGUUCUCGCCAGUAAUGUUGAUCUCGUUAGAGUUCUUGUGGCGAAUGGCUGUAAUACAAAGCAUACAAACGAAGCUAAUAAGACUCCGCUUGAAAUCGCUCAAGAUAAGACACCGAGAAAUCCUCAAUUGAUAGCAAUUCUAUCCGAACAGGCUGUUAACCAUAAAUUGAAGCAAUUGAUUCGCACGAAAAACUCCCGUUUAGAAAAACAAGAAAUUUUUGAUUGCUUGGAAGAAGGAGCUAACAUAAAUGCACGCGUAAACAAUAAUGAUUCCUUUCUUCAUUAUUUAAUUACUCAUAAAGGUACUCCAGAAAUGGUGACAGCCUUUGUCAAUGACUUCAAUGCAGACGUAUUGGCCACAAAUAAUGAAGGACUUCGGCCUAUUGAGCUUUGUAUUUUAUAUGAUAAGGAAUCAUUUGGCACUCUUCGUACCUUGCUCAAGCUACCUAGAGUGACGACAGAAGCAUUUUUCAAUGAUGUAUUAAAAAAAAGCAUUUAUCAAUUCGCUAACGAGAAAGGCUUACACAAGAUCGCUGAUAUAAUUCAGAAAGAGUUGAAUAUACGACUUUGGACUUGUAUUACAAAUGCCAAUACGAAUGAUGAGCGAAAUCAGCGUGUUCUGUUCGAGGCAAAAAAGUUGGUCGACUAUGGAGCCCAAAUCGAUCAGCUACACAAUAUUGAUGAAAAGUACAAGGGAUGGGGAGUUUUACAUUUAGCUUGUAAAACUACGACCAAAUCGUUCGUCGAAUAUCUUGUCCGAGAUCUGAAAGCAAAUUGUACAUUAGCGAAUUCGAAUGGUGAUCGUCCAAUAUCAGUUGCCGCCGAAUAUGGUCAAUUUGAAAUCGUUCAAUUUUUAAGAGAAUGCCCAGACGUGCGGUUAAAUGUCUCUAAUAAAAAACUUGAGACUCCAUUACAUUUGGCAGUGAAAAAUCAUCAUUAUCGUAUUGUUCGGUAUUUGAUUCUGUGGGGCGCUGAUGACAAGACUCAAAACGAAUCGAAGAAAACUCCACUUAAUUCAGCCGAAAGGAGUUCGACCAAGACGAAAGAGGAAAAUAUUGAAAGAAGGAAAAUUAUUAACUUUCUUCGUGGACUAGAUUUUCAUAUAGAUAGUGCUACUCGAGAAGAAAAUGAGGAGCCAAUCACACCAAUAUUGGACCUAGACACAUGUGACUUACUAACUCAUAUUGAUGUUAAUAAAAGACAACGGUAUGCUCGUAAUGAUGAAACAAAAACUGACAACACAAGGCUUAAAGUUCUUGAAUGGGAGCCAGAUAGUAAACUUCAUGCUGCCAUUAAAAGUGGAAACGUCGCAAUGGCUAGACGCGCGAUACGUGAUGGCGAUGAUAUUUUUUUUAAUCAAAACUGUAAGAGUCCUUAUAAAUUUGCAAUUGAAUUAAACGCAGAAUAUACAUGCAAAGCGCAAGUGAACUCAACAAAUAGCAACGACCAUCGAAGAUUUUGCGUGAUGGCCCUCGGCUGUCAACAGAUAGCUGAUGAUCUUUUUAAACACAUCAAAACUCAGCUUGUCGAAUCGAUUAAACAAUCGAAUUAUAAACGUGUUGUCGCUUACUGUGAGACUGAAAUACCAAUCACAUCUGAAUUACUCCAUAUAGCUUGCACAUCAUCGGAUAAUGUUGACAUUGUCCGCUAUCUUGUUCAAAAAAAUAGUAGUAUCUAUGAGGCCAUGUAUAACUACACCACAUCUGAUUCGCCAUACUGUCUUGCCAAAAAAAAUAAAUUCAACAAUGUUGCCACUUAUAUAAAAUAUCGUCUAUCUCUCGAUUGUGAAGAAGCUGUCAAGAAAAACAACGUAGAACUUGUUAGACAAUUGAUUGAUGCCGGAGCAAGUGUUGAUUUAGACAACACGGACAAUCUAGCUGAAGCACUACGUCACAAAAAUGCCAAAUUAAUUCAACUCAUUUGUGAUAACGGAGCAAAACUGCCAAUUGAAUGGCUUCAGUCGGAUUGCAUUGUGCUUCUGACGACUAUAGCAGAAGAAAUGGAUUCUGAUAUAGCAUUCAUCAUCAAUUGUAAUUUGGUCAAUCGCAGACUUCGCCUAGCUGCCGCAAACGGAGAUUUUCAAGUACUCCGCAAAUGUCAGCAACUUGGUGCUGAUAUCAAUGCGAAGAAUUGCCAUGGUUCAACGGCACUUUUGUGUGCAGUUCUACAUGGGAACUAUCGUCGUAUUGUGCAUGCACUUAUAUCACGCGGCGCAUCUAUGCUUCACUCAAAUGAAAAUCAAUCGGAGUCACUCAUAGAACUCUGCAAAAAAAAAGGCUACAAAGAAAUAGAAAACUACUUAACGGAACAACUCAACAUACAAUUUUCUGCUGCCGUGCUUGACGAUGAUAGACAGAGUGCAACAGCUUUUGCAGCGCUCGGUGCCAAUUUUAACUAUCAAGAUGAGCAAAAACAAACACUAUUACAUUAUGCAAUACAGUACCAUGGGAUAGAUCUUGUCUCAUGGCUCUGCGAACGUGGAAGUACUCCAACUUCGGCUGAUGCUAAUGGUGACUAUCCAAUAACUCUGGCGGCAAAAAAAGGUAAUAUUUUGUCUUUUCAUCAAAAUAGGAUUUUCAGAUUCGAAUUUUUCUCCACAAAUUCCCAAUCUUCGAUUAUCUUUUACCAAGCUCCUUAUAAAGAAUAA